GGUGGGGCCGAGCCGGGCCGCACGGGGGCGCCGCUGGGGCCGUGCAGCUCCUGGAGUUGCCAAGCGGCCCGGGAGGCACUCACUUCCGCGUCGGGCCCAUAGCGUCGGGCGGCCGGGCCCAGGGCCUGGCGGGCCGCAGAGGUGAGCAGGACCACUGUUGUUUUCCAGCUCCUGAAAGUGCUUUCAGGGCAGGAAAUUCAGGUGUCAGUGGGAGCGAUGGAAGGUCACAAAGAAGAAGCCCUGCUAGAAAUUCUCCGCCUGAACGUGGGCGGCUGUGUUUAUACAGCCAGGCGCGAGUCCUUGUGUCGCUUUAAGGACUCCAUGCUGGCAUCCAUGUUCAGUGGCCGGUUCCCUCUAAAAACAGAUGAGUCAGGGGCCUGCGUUAUUGACCGUGAUGGACACCUAUUCAAAUACCUUUUGGAUUAUCUUCAUGGAGAAGUUCACAUUCCCACAGAUGAGCAAACUCGCCUUGCUCUGCAGGAAGAGGCUGAUUACUUUGGCAUUCCUUAUCCAUACAGCCUUUCUGACCACUUGGCCAAUGAAAUGGAGACAUACUCUUUAAGGCCCCAUAGGUCUGACUGGAAGCAUAGCUGUACAGGAGUGCAUCCCACCUACCUGAUUUGCAAUAAACCCACAGUGUGGGCUCUCCACUAUCUGAACACAUCUGGUGCAAGCUGUGAGAGUAGAAUUAUUGGUGUAUAUGCUACAAAAACCGAUGGGACAGAUGCUAUUGAGAAGCAGCUGGGCAGAAGAAUUCACAGUAAAAGCAUUUUUAAGAGGGAGGCAGGGAAUAACAUUCAGUACAUUUGGAGCUACUAUUCUGUAGCAGAGCUGAAGAAAAUGAUGGAUGCCUUUGAUGACUGGGAAGGGAAAGGUGUCAGCUACUGGCGGGUGCCUCAUGAGCUGAUAGAAUGCUGGACUCUGGAAGAGCAGCCAUUGCUGGGAAGCCUGCGGCACGUGGCCCCAGUUAGAAAGAGGAGACUGAUAGCAUUCAGUGAAGAGGAAGAAGAGAAUGUGAACUGUAAGCCUGGUCCAAAGCCCGUCAGGUUUUUGGGUCCUUCCACCAGCACCCAAAUUAAAGUCAGGAACUCAGCUUCAUUCAAAGUGUCACCAGCCAGUACCCUCCAGGCCGGGUCACAGGCAACAGCCAACCGGUCUCCAAGCUCCAAGGCAGCUCAGCGCCCUGCCCCAUCCAAAGUUCCGCCUAUGGUGGGUACAGGCAGUCCUGGGUCCUGUGGUACAGAAAACGGAACCAUACGCCCACCUCCAGCCAAGAUCCUCCUCUCAGACAAGAAGACCACUCCCCAUCGAGUGAUAAAACUGAAGCGGACUCCACUGUGUGCCUCUGGGCCCUCCCCACCCACCUGCACGGCCAUGAGGGCUGAAGCCCUGGAGCUGCCACCAGAAGGCCCUGGCAGCUUAGACCUGCAGACUGAAAAUGGGGAGGUCCAGACUGACUAGACAGAGGCUGCGGGUGUGUUGCUUGACUCCCACUGCUUCCAUCAAGUCUGAUGUGCUAACUGGGACCAUUCGUUGAUGUCAUAGAAGUGAAAACUCUUGCUGUGGUCUUUGUAGGAUAACUGGGGGAAGGAGUGGUGUGGUGUCAAGGCAGGAGGGAGGCUUUCAGGUGGCUGGGGUCAUAUUUCCUCACUUGUCUCACUUUUAAAUGUUAUCAAUGUGAAGUGUGGAUUCAGGCCUUGAGAAAAAUUUGAGUGACUAAUUGGUGUUACCACAGCCAAACAGUGCAGGGGCUAGGAGACGGCUCCCCUAGAUUGUCCCCCUCAUCAUGUGUGAAGACUUGGAUUUGAGUCUGAACUCCAUGAAGGGCACCAGAGGAGCUCCAUGUGUGGUAAAGCCAUGCUGUGGUGUCUCUCUGUGACUCUGUUUUGUUCUCUCUCUCACCCCCCCUUUCCUCCCCGUUCCCUUCUCUCUCUCUCUCCCUCUCUCUUUCUCAAAUGAAACAAAAUGGAAAAUUGGCCAAGAGAGGCCAUUCAGUGGUGCCACCUGCCCCUGUAUUUUCUCCUAGAGUAAAAUUUUCCCCAGAGAAGUCCACUCAGUCACUGAAAUAACAUACAGCUGCUUUCAGGCACCUUCACAUUGUUGUGGCCCAGGCAACAAUAAGGUUUGGGCUUAGCAGUUACUGUCUGGUGAAGCAGAGAGUGCUGCUCUAUGCUCUAGGAGAGCCACAGGAGGGCUGAGAGAGCUGAGAGAAAGGCAGAUCAAGGUGAACUCACUACACAUCACCCUAAGACAAUGUAAAGAAAAGUGAUGUGGAGGGAAAAAAGAGAGAUAGUAUUCUAUCACACAUGCAAUUUGGUUCACUUCAACUGUUGUCCUUCCUAGAUUGGCUGCUUUUUUUUUUUAAUUUAAAUGCCUUUUCCUGUUUGUUGGUUUAUUUAUACAUUGCAAAAAGAUUUCUUGGGAUAUGGACUACAUAACAUUAUAUUGAGUUGUCCAGAUAUUUUAUUUUAAUUUGAACCGUGAUUUUUUUUUUAGAGCAUGUUCAGCUGUGUUUUAGUGGUGCUGGGGACUGAACCUGAGAUGUUGGAGCCUCAGGUACUAAACUCUUCUUUGCACAACUAAUAUGCUAUCUUCUUGGCCCUUUCAAGUGAAAUCUUGAAAUUUUUGAAAGUACUUUACAAAAGAGAAGUGAAAAGUUUAACUUUUUAACCAAAGCUACUAUUUGGUUUUAUAGAACUGACCAUUGAAGUGUCAUUUCUGAUUACAUAAUAUGGUUUUUUUUAAUGCAUAAAAUUCUACACAAAUUGAAUUUAGUAUUUUUCAAUAGUAUUUUGAUUAAUCUUCUAUUUUCACAGUUGUUCAGUCGUGGCUGUUUUCUCUUACAUGCUGUGUUUUAUAAUUGGGUAACAUAUUUCUGUCAUCAGUGAGCAGUAUACUUUCAUUGUGUUAAAGUCAGUUCAUAAAGCGGGGGUACUUUUUACUCAGUGCUUACUAUUCUAUUUGCAUUACCUAAGUAUAUGCUCAAAGUACUAUGUUUUGCAAAAUAAAGUAAUUUUUUUCUAUUAAAA